AUGCCAAACCCUCACUACAUAAAAGUUCCCCGUGGAGAAGAUCCAUCGCCUGACACGAAACAGCAACCUGCUCACCUAUCAGAGCAGAUGAAGAACUGGCUGCGAGAGGGCCCUAAAGAUACACCGUGGCAUAAUAUUGAUUCAGUUGCUGUAUCUAACAGUCAACACAACGCCAACGCCAACGCCAACGCCAACGCCAACGCCAACGCCAACUUCGCACCUCCUGAUACUCCUGCUACGCAAGGCAGCAACAAGUAG